AUGACAAGCACAAUAAUUGCAUUUACUGGGCUAACUUCACUUGUUGCUUAUGAUUAUUUUUUCUCACACAAGAUUUUUGGUAAAAAAGUAUUUCCAGAUGAAGAAAGCUCACCACAGACAGCAUCAGGAGUACCCAUGUCAGAAGAAGGUACGCCAAAUUUCAAAAAAAAUAAUGACAUUCCUCAAGUAGUUCCAAGAGUAACACCAUCCCCAAGACCUGAUUUUCAUAACUUUGGUGCAAAACCUCCAAAAUCACCAUCAUCGUCUUAA